GUACUUUUUCCCCCGCCAACUUCUCCAAAAAACAAUAUCUCACUUCGCGAACAAUGGCCACUUCUGCAUCUGCCUUGUCAUCGCAUGAGAGGACAAGAGUGGAGGAUUACUUGAACGAUAAACUCCAGGUUUCUGCUGAUCUAGAGAGCCUCGACUCCUUGUUGUCAAGUCUACGAUCCCAGCAUGAGCUGCAACGCAAGCAGCUAGCCGAAGCACAAGAAGCUCUCUCCAAUGCCACCAAGGCCUCCAACGACCACGCCGAAGCCACUCGCCAGCGAGCCGAAGCAUUCAACGUGCAGCAAGAGGAUAUUGACAGGCGCCUGAAAACAAUCACUGGAUCCGACUCCAGCGAUGACGCGGCCAAACGGUUCGAGGCUAGUAUCGAAAAGCUGCGGAGGCUUGAGAUUUCUAGGGGCUACAUGGCUGUGUUGAAGGAAGCGGAGGAGUUAAGCCAGCAAACCAUGAAGGACACCGGAAGUGAUCCCAGGUUGGCGAUUCAAUCAUAUACUCGGCUUCGCAACAUCUCUCGAUCAUUGCACGAGGCCCAGCCGGCAGCAGAAGGGGCCGCCCCUCACUUGGUCGAUUAUGUGGGGAAGUUGGUUUCGGCGCUUAGAGAGCAAAUGAAGAGCCAUUUCUCGCAGCGGCUCCAAGGAACGAUGGACCGCAUGAAGUGGCCUUCGAAGGACUUGCAGUUCCCGGAUGAUGUUCAAUUGGAGUGGAGGGAGAACGUCGGAUUGCUCCUCGACUUGCAGAUACCGGAGCUUACUGGCCGCGCUUCUUUGCCCGAGCAUCACUGCGCUGAGCCCUCGGUGCUGUUGCCGCUCGAGGUGAUGGUGCAUCCGCUAGAACUUCGGUUUAAGUACCACUUCAGCGGGGAUAAGCCGACGAACAGGCUUGACAAGCCGGAAUACUUUUUAGCUCAUAUCACGGACCUGAUGAACAACUUCGGGAGUUUCUUCGCCUCGUUCUUGCAGCCUAUAUUCGAUGAAAAGGCGAAACAGGUCGGAACCGACCUCGAGUGGAACUUCUAUAAUGCCUCUCAUGCCUUUAUCACAGCACUCUUGCCUGUGUUGCGGAACAAGAUAGCCACCUUCAUGCCUCAAAUAUCGACACAUCCACAACUCCUGAGCCAUUUCGUGCAUGAAUUGAUGACUUUCGACGGCGAGGUUCGCGAAUCCUGGAAUUAUCUACCGGACCCCUACGUCACUGGGGACUGGAAAGGUGUGACGUGGGAGGUCCUGACCAAGCAGGGUUGGUUUGAUCGCUGGCUACAGGUUGAGAAAGACUUCGCGCUAGCUCGCUACAAAGAGAUCGUGGAUGCACCAGACAGCGGUCAUAUUGACUACGAUGGUGUUGAGCUCUCGUCAACGAAACCGACCAAGGCCGCGAUCCGUGUCAAUGACCUCCUCGAAACAAUCACCGAGCGCUACCAGCAUUUAUCGUCGUUUAGUCAGAAGCUUCGCUUCCUUAUCGACAUCCAGAUCACCAUCUUCGACCAAUUUCACGAACGCCUACAGUCGGCUUUGGAGGCCUACCUCGCCAUGACCUCAGCUAUCGGUCGGACCGUGCAGGGCUCGGACGGACAGGCCAGCGUCGAAGGCGUGGCUGGACUUGAGCGACUUUGCAGGGUCUUUGGAAGCGCGGAGUGGCUGGAGAAGAAGAUGGAAGACUGGAGCAACGAAGUAUUCUUUGUGGAGCUCUGGACGGAGCUCCAAGAGCGCGUCAGGCUGAAUAAGGACGGGGGCAAGAACGUGGCGGGCUCAAUGUCCAUCGCAGACGUUGCAUCGCGCACUUCCCAGGCUGUGAACAACAACAACAACAACCACCACCACCACCACGACGAUCAAGGCACAGCCUCCGAAGGCGCCCUAUUCGACGAGACUGCUUCCGCAUACCGUCGUCUUCGACUCCGCUCCGAGUCGAUUAUCACAUCCACGCUAACAUCAAAUGUGCGCUCCGCUCUGAAGCCUUAUUCCCGCGUUUCUACCUGGACAACCCUGGCAACCACAACGCCGGCUCCCAACGGCGCUCCUCUGCCGCCCACAUCCGACCUAGCCCCUGUCCUGCGUACCAUUUCCGCAGAGCUAUCCUUCCUCUCCCGAGCCCUGGGGUUCGCCCCCUUGCGCCGGAUUACCCGGCAGGUUCUUCUCGCGAUUCAGACGUUUAUGUGGACCAGCAUCCUGAUGAGGAACACGUUCUCAGCUUCUGGGGCUCUGCAAUUCAUUAGCGACAUGGACCACCUCGGCAGUGUGGUUGACGUCGCUUUAGGCGCGGCGAGCCAGCCUGGCGGCUCCAAGAAAGUGCUGAAGAAGUUAAGCGAGGCGCUUCUACUGCUCGGGCUGAGUACGACGGAGCCAACAGCUCUGGAUGGUGCCACAGACCCGAGCGAGGAUGAGCCCACGGAAGCGGGCCCCCGCGCUCAAGCCGGACUCUGGGAGGUCGAAAAACGGCUUUUCAAGGACAACGAGAGCGCAAGAGAAGUUCUAGCCGAGCUUGGAAUCGACUCGUUGACGGAAGCGGAGGCUAGAAGUGUCUUGGAGCGGCGAGCCGAGAUUGGUAACUAGUGCUUGAGCAUAAGAGGGGGCCUUUUUGUGCAUAUUGCGGGCCGGUGAAGUACUUGAACUCAUAAGAUAUCCAUUGAACGUAUUUUGACCCUAUUGACAAGCGUCUUGCGACGACAUUAUAAUUUCUAUGUUCUAUUCUAUUAGUUUUUGUUUUGUUUGUCUUCCCUUCUAAGCCUCACGCCAGUGUACAGCCACUCUGAAAGAAAUAUACCAACCAGACUGUAGAAUGUUGCACUCAGAAUACAGUCGGACUGACCCGCCCAGAGAGAAAUGGGAUUUAUCAACGAUGCACGACAAGCCCAUGAUCCCAGCGGCACCCGGCACGGCUCUAGCGACCCUGGGCCUUCAACUUCUCGACAAUGGCGGGGCCGACCU